AUGGCAGGAUACACUAAACCCACUGCCUCCGCUACAGGUGGACUUGCCUUUUCACGACUCGAUUCCGAUGAGAUCCGCCGCAUCUCUGUCAAGCGAGUCCAUGUCACUCCAUCACUGGACUCACUCUUUGGGCCUGUGCCUGGCGGUGUUCAUGAUCCAGCUCUCGGCGCAAUAGGAGCAUUGGAUGCAAAUUGUACAACAUGUCGCAUGAACUCCAUUCACUGCGCCGGUCAUUGCGGUCACAUCGAGUUACCAAUUCCAUGUUACCACGCACAAUACAUCGACUCUACAUUGCGGCUCCUCCGAGCGAAAUGUGCAUACUGCCAUCGCUUCAAAGCAGUCCCGAACUUCAUAAAUCAAGCGGUCUGCUCCUUGCGUCUCUUACAAUAUGGCCUCGUGGAGGAUUACCAAACGAUCAAAGGCAUGCAUCUUGGGAGGCGGCGUCCAGCUAGACCCAAAACGGAUGAUAUUGUUGAGGAUAUACUUGAGCAAGAAGAGGAGGAAGACAUUGAGGAUCUCAUCGAGCGCAGGACAAAAGCAACCACCAAAGCCAUCAAACGUGCCAGGAAGAAAGGUCUAAUUGAUGGGUCGGCACUCAUCAAUAAUCCUGUUGCGGUAGCUGCUCGCAAAGCUGUCAUUCUUGAAGUGUUGAAGGACAUUCCAUUGGUUAAGAAAUGUGGCCAUUGUGGAGGUGCUAGUGUCACCUACAGAAAGGACAGAAGCGUCAAGAUCUUCAGAAAACCGCUUGCAAUUACGCAACGAGAAUACAUGAGGGUCCUCGACAUGAAAGCGCCUAACCCGCUAUUGUUUCUUCAGUCACAGCGGAAGCAAAAAUCAGAAAUGAAGAAACCGUUGACCAAUGGUAUACAUGACGGAGACACCGAGAUGCAGGACGUGGACGAUGUAAACGGGGACGAUCUGCACGGGGCUGAGGAAGAGAUUGCAACACGAAAUGCGCUGGAAACUAGCGCCCAAUCAAAAGGCGCAGAGCUUGAAGACACCGAUGAUGUGCAGACUUAUAUGACGACUACGGAGGUGCAUGCUGCAUUGGUUCUGUUAUUCGAGCGCGAACAGGAAAUUCUUAGCCUGAUGUAUGCGCCAUACCCCGGUCGCAAACAUAUUGCAGUUUCGCCAGAUAUGUUCUUCAUGACCGCCGUACUGGUGCCACCAAAUCGAUACCGACCACUGGCAAGACAAGGACCUAAUCAGAUGCUCGAAGCACAAGCAAAUGCAGUACUCAACAAGAUUGUCAAAGCUGCCAAUGAUGUUGUAAGCAUCAAUCGAGAUGUGAAAAGAGCUAAAGUCGAUCCGUCAGCACGUCCUCGCAGUCUAAAUGAAUGCAUUCAGGCGUCUAUUGUUCUGCAAGAAGCUGUCAAUGGGCUCAUAGACUCACCUCCACCGGCAUCUGGUAAGCCCCCUGAGCAGGGAAUCAAACAAAUACUGGAGAAGAAAGAGGGCCUCUUUCGUAUGCAUAUGAUGGGAAAACGUGUCAAUUUUGCGGCUCGCAGCGUCAUUUCCCCGGAUCCGAAUAUCGAGACAAACGAAAUCGGUGUUCCACUGGUAUUCGCAAAGAAGCUGACCUAUCCGGAACCAGUGACGAGUCACAACUUUGAAGAAUUGAGCAAAGCUGUAAUCAACGGUAUUGACAAGUACCCUGGAGCAGCAGCCAUUGAAAACGAAAACGGGAUGGUUCUGAGCUUGAAGCGGAAAACUUUAGAUCAGCGCAAAGCUUUGGCCAAGCAGCUGUUAACAUUGACGACGCCUGGAGCAAAAGGAGAAGUUGGAAAGCGAGUGUACCGCCACCUCCAGACAGGAGAUGUGGUUGUGAUGAACCGUCAGCCCACUCUGCAUAAACCGUCAAUGAUGGGUCAUCGCGCUCGUGUUCUGACGAACCAAAAAACGAUUCGCAUGCAUUACGCAAAUUGCAACACUUACAAUGCCGAUUUCGAUGGUGACGAGAUGAACAUGCACUUUCCACAGAAUGAGCUUGCACGGACAGAAGCCCUUCAGAUCGCGGACACAGAUCACCAGUACCUUUCUGCAACUGCAGGCAAACCACUACGUGGUCUCAUCCAGGAUCAUAUCUCUAUGGGUGUUCAAUUUACUGGUCGUGAUACAUUCUUUGACAGAGAUCAAUAUCAACAAUUGCUGUAUAGCUGUUUGCGACCCGAAGAUUAUAACACAGUCUUCGACAAAAUUCACUCAGUACCACCUGCUGUUCUCAAACCCAGAAUGCUAUGGACCGGGAAACAGGUGAUAACCACGGUUUUGAAGAAUAUCACACCCGACCGAUUCCGAGGUCUCAAUUUGACCAGCAAGUCAUCCACUUCAUCAGAACAGUGGGGCGAGACGACAUCUAAAGAUCCCGAAAGAUGGAAUGUCACGAGUUCAAGUGUUGUGUUUCGGGACACAGAGCAAACGGUCAUCUUUCAAGAUGGAGAACAUCUCUGUGGCAUUCUUGACAAGAGUCAGAUGGGCCCAACUGUGGGAGGUCUGGUGCACUCAAUUUAUGAGAUUUAUGGACAUAUCACCGCAGGUAAGCUUUUGAGUAUCCUUGGUAGAUUGCUCACUCGCUUUCUCAACGAGCGCGCCUGGACCUGUGGAAUGGACGACUUAUAUUUGACAAAUGAGGGCGACAACCAGCGGCGACAAGAACUAAAUAAAGCAAAGCAGAUGGGCUUAGAUAUUUCAACAGAUUACGUUACUUUGAAGAGAGAGAACGACGAUCAGAACAAUCCUCAACUUCUGGCGAGGCUUGAACGUGUUUUGCGGAACGACGAUCAACUCAACGGUUUGGAUCAGGUGUACAAAGCCACGAUCAAGACAAUUACAGAUAACGUUUCCAAGUUCUGUUUGCCUGGCGGCCUCCGAAAACCAUUCCCGAAGAAUCAAAUGCAGGCCAUGACACUCUCAGGAGCGAAGGGAUCCAACGUCAACGCCAAUCUCAUCUCCUGCAAUCUUGGGCAACAAGUGUUGGAAGGGAGGCGUGUGCCGACGAUGGUCAGUGGGAAAACAUUACCUUCAUUCCGCGCCUUUGAGACGGAUCCUGUUGCGGGUGGCUAUGUUUCUGGUCGCUUCUUGACUGGUAUCAAGCCACAAGAAUAUUUUUUCCACGCCAUGUCUGGUCGUGAGGGCCUCAUCGACACCGCCGUCAAGACAGCAAAAUCUGGUUAUCUUCAGAGAUGUAUCGUCAAAGGUUUGGAAGGCCUUCGGACAGAAUAUGACACUUCGGUGCGAGAAACCUCGAACGGGCACAUGAUUCAAUUCCUGUAUGGUGAAGAUGGACUUGAGAUCACUCGCCAAAAACAUUUGAAGGAGUUCUCAUUCCUUGCCGAAAAUCAUCAAUCCAUCGCAACAUUAAUGAAUGCGGAAGAGGUUCUUGACCGCAUACCAAACCAGGGCUUAGGCGACGAACAAAAGGCAGUUCUGAAGUCCUUAAGGAAGAGGGGAGCUGCAAAAGAUCCCCUUACAGCAACUUUCAGUCCAUCGAGCAAUUUUGGCAGCACAUCCGAGUCUUUCGCUUCGUCGCUGACAGCAUAUAUGAAAGACAAUGCGGAUAAGCUCAUCAGGGAUAAGAAGACCAACACCGUUGGAAUUGUGAGCAAAAAGACCUUCCAGUCAAUCAUGGAUCUCAAGUACAUGAGGUCGGUUGUGGAGGCAGGUGAAGCUGUUGGUGUCGUUGCUGCUCAAUCUGUUGGUGAGCCAUCUACCCAGAUGACGUUGAACACCUUCCACUUGGCUGGCCAUUCUGCAAAGAACGUCACUCUAGGUAUUCCCCGACUUCGUGAAAUCAUCAUGACAGCAACGCCGCAUAUCAUGACACCGACAAUGAAUCUCAAACCGAUCAAAGAAUUGACAAUCGCGGAUGGUCAACGCUUCGCCAAGAGUCUCAGCCGACUCUCCUUAGCACAAGUUAUUGACCAGUUAAAAGUCACCGAACGAGCCGCCGGAGAGAAACAUGCAAACGAAAGAUUGUACGAUAUAUACAUGCAACUCUACGAACCUGAGGAAUACGAAGAAGAAUAUGCCAUUCAGCGUGAGGACGUUCAGAGGUGUCUCGAGAAGAGGUUCCUUCCCAUGCUUGACAAGAAAAUUGCCGAUGAGAUUAAGAAGAAGCUCAAAGAGGCUUCGCUCUCUGAAGCAACAGCGGCAGUGCCUCAAAUUGGUGCUUCCGUCGGGAAUAUUGAAGAAGCCAGACCCAUGGGAACACGAACCGCAGAAAGAGAGGGUGGGGAGGAUGAUAUUGACGAGGACGCUGACCCAGACGACGCAAAAGAUUCUGCUGCCAGGAGACGAAGGGAGGACACCUUCGAUGAACCUGAUGAGGAAGAGAGAGUGAUAGCAGAUGAAUCUGGUGACGAUCUCAUGAGUGACGACGAUGACGAGCAGUCUCCCAGCCAGAGACUUUCAAAGAAGUCACGGAAACCUAAAUUGGCACAAAAUCUUCGCGAACAGGACCCGGAAGACUCUGAUUCCACCCCCGAUGCAGAGGAUUCGGAAGCGGAAGCUCGACAAACCCAAUUGAAGCUAGAUAUUCCGCACCUCAAACGCUUCGUGUUCAGCAAAUACAACGGCAAGGCAUGCAGAAUCGUUCUCAGCUAUGAUGCAAACAUACCCAAGCUUCUUCUCCUACCUAUCCUCGAGAAAUGUGUCCAUGCAUCAGUGGUCCAUUCCAUCCCAGGUCUCGGAGUCUGCACACAGUUCAUGGAGGACGUGAUUGGACCUGACGGCAAACCGGUCAAAGCGAUGAACGAGGAAACUGGAAAGGAUGAACCGGUGAAGGAGCCUGUGAUCACUACCGAGGGAGUCAAUCUCAUCGCCAUGCGAGACUAUCAAGACAUCAUCGACCCGCACAGCAUGUACACCAAUUCCGUGCACGCUAUGCUCAAACUCUACGGCGUUGAAGCCGCCCGCACCACCAUUAUUAGGGAAGUUGAUGGUGUGUUCAAAGGCCACGGCAUAUCCGUUGACAUCCGACACUUGAAUCUGAUAGCAGAUGCCAUGACUCAGUCUGGCUCAUACAUGCCCUUCAGUCGUCACGGUUUGGUCAAAGAGGGCGGAAGUAUCCUUGCGAAGAUGAGUUUCGAGACGGUCAUGGGUUUCCUCAGAGAUGCCGUGCUGUUUGGUGAGAGUGACCCACUUCUGGGACCUAGUGCUCGUAUCGUCGCAGGAAGGCGUGGUAACAUAGGGACUGGCGCGUUCGACGUCGUUGUGCCAGUGCAUUGA